UGGUGCGGGGAGGGAGCUCGCCAGGAUUUGGGACUUUGUGGGACAGACCUCGGCGGGACUGUGCGAUAAAGACCUCGGCGGACGACCAUGAUGGGGCGGGGUCAGGCUCGAGUGUUUGAGAAUGCAGGGGAUGAUGAGAACCGCAAGGCGCAGAAGAAGUGCUGCGUGUACAAGUACAUCCUCGUGGGACAGAAUCUCGGCGAGAGGUUCUGCGGGAAUCGAAUGUUGAAGUCUUUUUUUUGCGGCCACGAGUUCCAGGGCAACCAGUACGUGGCGGACCGACAAUUUAGGCAGGGUAAGGGAUGCCUGACAGUGACAGACGAGGCGCUGGUCGACAUACACUACAACACCGACUACAAGCUGGAUGGGAAGAUCCUUGAGCAGAUGCUUCGGGAAUUGUCGGGGCUAGUGAAGGUUUUGUGGCCUUCGGAGAACGAGAUUGUGGACAUAGAGACAUUUGUCCGCACGGUGGAUGAUGUGGCAGCUGAUCUCGUGGAGGUCAGGGCUCCUUUCUAUGUCACGGGGGCCACCAUCAUGUCGGACGGUAGGAAGACACGCGAUGCUAAACCCAUCGUUAACUUCCUUGUCGGCGGGUCGCGUGGGGUGAUGCUGGUCCGGACAAUGAAUAUUAAGGGUGAGCGGGACCAGGCGUCUGAUGUUUUGACGCGCUGGAUCAAGGUGUUCGAUGACUUCCAUCCUAGGUGGGCGAACGCCAUCUGCACCGACUCUGUCUCGACGUACAUCGCCGCGGCGAACAUGCUCCAGGGGCCUGAGCAUAGGCCAGAGCAUCGACGGAUCAUAUGGCUCCCAUGCGCAGUGCAUGUCUGCAACAAGAUGUUGUCAGACAUGGGCCGUUCGAGCUUGUGGACCAAGGACAUCAUUGUGCGGGGAAGAGCGGUGGUGCGCUUCAUUAAGGAGCACGACGCCGCUCUUCAGAUCUUCAAGAGGAAGAGCACGCAGAUGGGUCUUAUUUAUCCGUGCGAGACAUGUUUCGCAUCCGUGUUCGGGAUGAUGGAGCAUUUGCUGGCAGUGAGGUCAGCAUUGGAGAGGACGGUGGACAACGAUAGUUGGGGCGGAGGCGAUGCCGAGGUGGCUGCGGCGGUUGGCGGGGACACGCUUAGAGAUGUUGGUGAGGAGGGGAUGCCGGCGGGUGGCGGAGGAGGUUUCAAUGAGUUUGGUGACUUGGGUAUGAUGUCGGGAGAGACAAGUCGCGGGGGGACAACAGCAGAGAGGAUAGCACCGACCACCGUGGGGGAGGAGGACGUCGCGGGGGAUGUUGAUGUUAUGGGGGCGGAGGCGCCAGUUCAGGCUGAUCCGAUGCACACGUUUGGGGGGGGAGAUGGUGCACAGGUCAAUACCAAGGUUAUACCCAGAGAGGACGUGAGAGACAGGCAUGGCGGAGACAGACAAGAGACGCCGCAGACUUUGGUGGUUCACACGGCGAUGGGGCCGGUGGUGCCACAUCAGGCACCGUUUCUGGUGGAUCCUAGGCGUUGUGCACAUGGCAGUGGCCCGGUCGCGGAGCGACGAGCAGGUGGGGGCACGUGCGCACCUCCGGUUCCUACUUUUGCGCCGUCACGGGAGAGGCAGCAAAUUAGGUAUGUGGCUACGCCUCGCGACAGCCUCCCAUUUGGAUGUAUGAAUGCUGAGGAGUUGGAGGCGCGCGACAGGAUGGAUUUGACUGAGAUCGAUAGGCGGUGGUUCAGGAUGCCUCCGCAGGCGAGGCGUCUGCCUCAUGUGCAGGACUUGUCUUGGGGGCCAGAUAGCCCCAGCUUACCUUCUAGAGGUUAUGUCGCGGUGCCCUCUCACGGCGCAGCAGGCCCAUCGUCACCCGCGAGCGUAGUUGCGGAGCAGAGCGACAGUCCUACCCCGAGGUCGGUUGCCCGUAGAGGGAGAGACACUACCGAUAAUGUGUGGGUGUCGGAGGACAGCAUGUUGUUCGGUCGCAUUGAUCGGCCAUGGAGUGAGACGGGACGGGUGACGACAGGGAGUGCCGCUCGUCAGCCAGGUUUGAGAGAGGUUUCCACGACCGGGAAUCGUCGUGAUGUUGUGGCAUCAGGGCUCGACGGUAAAGGCAGGGAUAGUGGUGGCAUGCUUGGCAGACGUGAGGGCGCAGGCGGUGCAGCGGCGAGCGGAGGAGAUCCGCCGUUGACGUACGGUUUGAGAGAGCCAUCGAUUAUUUUACAGGAGCCAGAGGUUGUUAUACGAGCCAGGCAGGCCCGACACGUGCCCUUAGAUUGACGCCAGGAGGGGGAGACUUCAGGGGCAGACGGUCUACCUAUGCGUCGCGAAUCCCGCCGACAUGUUGAUUUGGCGGCCGCAGGUAUA